AUGGCUUGUGAGAGCAAAGCGAGCGACGAGAAGCCUUCAGAAAAAACACUUAAAGAUAAUUCAAUUGAUACUAAAGAAAUGAAAAAUAAUUUAACAAAAACUAAUGCAGAAAAAGCUCAAGAAGCCAAAAUGCCACCUGAAGACGAUUGGGUAGAUUUAAACUUUUUCCAAAAAGCGAGACGGCUGAUAUCAUUGAUAACGGUUGAACCGAUAUUGGCUGGCUACGUAAUGCCUUCUGUACUUUCAGCUCUUGCAACGCAAAAUUUGUAUUUAGAAAAGGCUUGCAGGGUAAAUUUAGCCUUCGAUCACCAUGUAUGCGAUGCUUUAACGAGAAGAGAAACUGCAAAUUACACAAUGGAAGAAGAAGCAGUGCAAACACUGGUGGCUUCAGUUGCCGGGUGGAAAACAGUCCUUCAAUCGUUUCUACCAUGUGGAAUAUUAAUUUUCUUGGGAGCCUACAGCGACCGAGUAGGACAGAGAAAAUUUUGUAUGCUUUUGCCGAUAAUCGGCGAAUUUUUGACUAGUAUGGGACUUAUAUUCAAUACCUAUUUCUUCUACGAGUUGCCAGUGGAGGUAGCAGCUGUUACUGAAGCUAUAUUUCCUGCUUUGACCGGGGGAUGGUUUACCAUGUUCAUGGGAGUGUUUAGUUAUAUAGCUGAUGUGACUACUGAAGAACAAAGGACGUUACGGAUUGGAAUAGUGAAUUUGUUCUAUUCGUUAGGAGUUCCCGUGGGCGCUGCAUUAAGUGGUAUUUUAGUGAGAAAGAUUGGACUGUAUGGAGUGUUUUCUUUGAGUGCGUCACUGUACGUUUUAAGUUUUCUAUACGCCUUCUUAAGGAUAAAGGAAGUGAAGCGGAUUGAUUUGAAUGAAAAGCCAGCAAAGAAUAGCUGCGAAUGGCUCCGCGACUUCUUCGACACGCGGUACGUGAAAGACACUUUCAUGGUUGCGUUCAAGAACGGACCAAACAGAAGACGACUGCGGGUCAUCAUGCUUGUAAUAGUUCUCUGCGUUGUUAUUGGACCUAUUUAUGGUGAAAUGUCGGUGAUGUAUCUCUUCACAAGGUAUCGGUUCAAUUGGAACGAGGUGGAUUUCAGUAUGUUCUCUACUUACGCCAUGUGCACUUCGUUAGUCGGCACUUUAUUCUCGGUUGGUGUUUUUAGUCACAUACUAAAAUUCGACGAUGCAAUAAUUGGUGUCAUAUCUUGUACGAGCAAAAUUCUAUCUGGAUUUAUGUAUGCGUUUGCGACGAAGACCUGGCAUAUUUAUAUAGCACCGCUUAUCGAGAUCUUUAAUGGGACUUCGUUUAUAGCUAUGAGAUCUAUGGUGUCCAAAUUGGUGGAUAAAGAUGAACUGGGCAAAGUGAACUCUUUCUUCGGUGUAGCUGAAGCGAUGAUGCCACUGGUUUAUGCCCCUAUGUACACAAGUGUAUACACCGCGACAAUAAAAACGUUUCCCGGAGCUUUCUUUUUGUUGGGCGGCGGACUUACUGUGCCUGCUGUACUUAUAUUUUUGUGGUUAUAUUUGGCGAAUAAAAAAUUCGUGGCGACAACAAACGCCGUCAACGAUAGAGAAAAGGAUAAAAGUGAGAAAGUUGGUCAAGAAAAUUGUGCGUUUGAAAAUGACGAAAGCGUAAAGAAUAUUGAAAGUGGCAACCCGGCGUUAGACGCUGAGAAUGCUACUCAAUCUCAAAUUGAGAUUGGUUUCACUCAAAGCAUGGUUGCUACUAGUAAACUUUAG